GAACAAAAACUGAUAGCCGGAAACUGUCUAAUAUUUUUAAAAAUAAACAAAUCAAAUUUUAUGAACUGCUCUAUUGAAACUGCGCUAUUUUCUAAAAUCUCUUUUUAUGAACAUUUAAUGCUUCUUUUAAUUUUGCCAAGAAAAGUUUUCGUAUUUUUCAGUGAAAAAUUAUAUAUAUAGCAAUGCCUCUUGUUAGUAAACUAAGACUGUGCAAACUACAUCAUCUUCUCAAAUUGCAUUUCCCUUACUGUUGCAUGCAUUCAAAACCCUCAUUGAAAUUAUCCACGAAUGAAAUAAGGACAAGAGAGAUGUCGUGCAAAUUUAAAUAUUUUCGUGGUAUGCUAUUUUAUGGAGAAAUCGGUAAAUCAUUUAGUUCUAAAAACGGAUCGAAUAAUGAAGAAAAAGAUUUAGAUCUGCCAGGGACAAAUGUAGAUUAUGUAAAUAAAGAACUAUACAGACAUCCUGAGCAAGGACAUAAUGUACUGAUAAUACAGCCUCGAGUUAAGCAGGGUCCAGAUGGGGAAAAAAAGUCCAUUGCAGAGUUAAAAUUAUCUGAAGCGGUUUCGCUUGUAAAAACGUUGAAAGACUGGAAAGUUCAUGAAGAUCAUAUAAUUCCGGUGACAAGUUUGAAGUCUAGUCUCCUUUUUGGAAAAGGAAAUCUGGAAAAAAUUAAGAUGAUCAUAAGAAGAAAUCCAGCAAUUACAGCAGUUUUCAUAGGUAUUGAUGUUUUAACUGCUGUUCAAAAUGCAAAAUUAGAAGACUAUUUUAAAGUACAAGUAUUUGACAGGUAUCAAAUAAUUCUGCAGAUUUUUCAUGAACAUGCUCAUACCAAGGAAGCUAAGUUACAACUUGCUUUAGCAGAAAUACCAUAUUUAAGGAUAAAGCUUGCUAUCCAUGAACAUACACGAUUUUCAACUGUGUUCUUUGGAAUGAAUCAUGUAGGAGGGGAAGGCGAGACAUUUAUGGAAAUGCGUAGACGCCUUUUGAAUGAGCGAGAAUUAAAAUUGAAAAAAGCUCUUGAAAAAAUUAAAAAUCAAAGAGAGUUCAUAAGGAAAAGUGAAAGUAGGAAUGCCCUGCCGAUUGCUGCUGUAGUUGGUUAUACAAACUGUGGUAAAACAACAUUGAUUAAGUCAUUGACCAAUGACACUCGUUUACAACCUGAAGAUAAACUAUUUGCUACACUCGAUGUAACACUUCAUCCAGGUCUACUGCCGUCCAAUCAAAAAAUUCUUUUUAUUGAUACUGUUGGAUUUAUUUCUAAUGUCCCUACAACUUUGAUACAAUCUUUUAGAUCUACAUUGGAAGAAAUAGCAUUAGCGGAUAUUGUCAUUCAUGUCAGAGAUAUUAGCCAUCCUGAUACAGAGGCUCAGAAAGAAACAGUUCUAAAAACUUUAGAAGAGUUAAAUUUGCCAGAAAAAUUGAUGAAUUCAAUUAUAGAAGUUAGAAAUAAAAUUGAUUUAAUAGAUGACCCCAAUUUACAUCAGGAUUCUGAUGCACUAUAUAUUUCUGCAACUGAUGGAACAGGACUGCCAAAACUUUUAGAAUCCCUAGAACAAAACUUGUUUGAAAAUACAGAAUUUGAUGUUCAACUAUUGAGAGUGCCUAAUGGUGGUAAAGAGUAUAGUUGGCUGUUAAGAGAAGCAGCAAUAAGAGAUGCAAUGGCAGAUACCGAUGAUGCCAAUUACCUUAUAUUAGAAGUCAUAAUCUCAUCAUCAAAUUUAUCCAAAUUCAAACACGAGUUUGGAGAUUUAACAAUACAAAUUGAAGACUUGAAAUGCAAUAAAUAAAAGUUUCUUUUCAUUUU